AGGGCUGUCAUUUUAACGCGUUAAUUAGAUCAAUUAAUUAGAGCGUAAAAUAACGCGUUAUAAAUUUUAACGCACGAUUAAUUAUGCAAUUCGAACAUUUUAGAGUUGGCCACUUUGACCCCCGAACAUGCGACUGGUUACGUCACUUCAUGCGCCGUUAGUAGAGGCUAGUCCAUACAACAAACAGAGCGGGCUGAGGUGAGCACAGAGAAAUGGAGAAGAGUGCAGGUGAUGCGAGCCAAUCUUUGCUGGGGCCAUUGAACGGCAAGUUUAUUUACAAGAAGAACGCAGAUGGGACAGUCAACAAAAACACGGUUAUUUGUAGCUUAUGUAGAAAAGAAUUUGCUUUUCAUCGAAGCUGCUCUAGCCUGACUUAUCAUUUAAACGCUAAACAUGUUUGGGCAGGUUCCAGCGCUAACGUUGCGACUGCUAGUACUUCUAGCGCUCUUCGCCAACCCAAACUUACAGACUAUGGUAAACGACUAAGCAAAGGCACCACAGAUAAACUGACAAACUCGAUCGCUAAGUGGAUAGCAGGUGAUUGCAGGCCAAUUUCAAUCGUGGAAGAUGAGGGGCUAAAUGAGGCGUUUCAGAUAGCGUCGUCGGAUGCAACAUUCAGGUUACCUUCGAGAGGUACGGUAAUGAAAAAAAAUCCAUCAGUUGUAUAGUGAUGAAAGGAAAGCAAAAGAAGAACUGUUGGCAGGUUCAAGCAACCAUGUGUCCUUAACAGGAGAUCACUGGACGUCGAUGCGUGUGCCGAGCAGUUUGAAGCUGUGAUAAAGGACUGGAAAAUAGAAAGCAAAGUGUCAACCAUCGGGACUGAUAGCGCAAGAACCAUGGUCGCGGCAGCACGCCGGAUGCCUUACGAGCAUAUUCCAUGUGCAGCUCAUAUGCUCCAAAGAACCAUUACAAUUUGCCUUGAGGACAGCAGCUUUGACACCGCCCUGGCAAAGUGCCGCAAAAUAGUCGGACACUUCAAGCACAGCCCUGCCAGCACAGAAGAACUGCACCAGCAGCAGGCAGCCCUCGGACAAGCCAGAGAGCCAUUGAUUCAAGACGUAUCCACAAGAUGGAAUUCAACCCUCUUAAUGGUCUCACGGUACCUACGGAACCAGGAGGCUGUGAACACCACUUUGGCUCAACAGAAGCACAACCUGGCCACACUGACCAACCUAGAGUGUGUCAAACUACAGAAGCUGGAGGAUGUUCUUGAACCCUGCAGGUAUGUGACGGAGCUCCUGGGAGGGGAGUCUUAUGUGUCAUGCUCUGUGGUGCUCCCCGCACUCUGCCAUCUUAAACGUGUUAUGGAGCCCACUGAUGAGGAUCAAGGCUACAUGAUGAAGUUCAAGACCACCUUUUUGAAGGACUUAGACACACGCAAGGCCAACAUCAACAACAGAUGGCUGAAGAUGGCAACUGCCCUUGACCCGCGAUUCAAGGACUUGAAGAGCAUACCCAAGGAUGAGAGAGACGAGGUGUGGACCUGGCUUGGAGAGAUGCUAGCAGAAGCAGGACCUGCUCCUGCUCAACCCACAGAGGACGAGCCAGCAGCCAAGAAGAGCCUGCUCCUGCUAUGUUCUUCAGACUCUGACUCGGACAAGGAGGAGCCGAGGCUGCUAGCCCGUUACAAAGCUGAGCCUUGCAUUGGAAUGCGUGAGUGUCCACUGGAGUGGUGGGCAGCUCACACUAGUGCCUAUGGACAGCUGUCUUCUAUUGCUCGCAAAUACCUGGCUACUCCUGCGACCUCUGUGCCAUGCGAGAGACUCUUUUCUCUUGCAGGUAACAUCAUACAAAAGAAGAGAGCAGCCUUACACUCAGACAAUGUAAACAAGCUUGUUUGUCUGAGCAACUGGCUCAAGGAGACUUAGAUUCUGUAACUUAAGCAAAGAGGGAAGGUUGAUUUGAGGACCUGUAAUUGUGGCCCUACUUUCUGUAGUGGGUUUCUGGGUUUGUUAUGCCCCACAUGAUUUUUUUUUUAUUUUUUUUUAUCUAGAAACAGUGUCAUGUCCUCCUAACAAGUAAUGCCUCUUGACUUCACGUUCUUGAUGUUAAACAUUUCAAGGUAUGUUAUCCUUGUUUUGCUGUUGUUUAUUUUAUUGAGCACCUGGUUAAGUGCCUAGUGUUAUUUAUUGUUUUAUUAACUUUAUUUGCACUGCAUUUUUGAAUAAUGCACCCGUUUUAUAGGUUUGCUAGACAUUUUUUUUAAUUUUAUUUAUUUAUAAAAAACACUGAAAGUGUAAUUUGCUUUAUGAAGCUUGGUAUAUAUUUUGGGCAAGAUGCCCUUUUCAGAUGUCAGCAAUAAAAGAAAUGUGUAUUUCA